CUGUGUACAGCACGGUGCAGGGAGAAGAAUUACCCCUUAGCUUGUCCUAUAUAAAGCCACAACCAACAAAAGAAAAAUAAAGGUGGAAUAGCCAAAUAGAGAAAGAGAUCCAAUAAAAUGGAGAAGCAAGAAACACAGCCAAAAGAAUGGUCCCAAAAAUCAUGGGAAACCCUCUCAAAAGUACGCAAAAACUCACCAUUAAUCCAAUGCAUAACCAACUUCGUAUCAAUGGAUUUAGCAGCAAACACCCUCUUAGCAGCCGGAGCUUCGCCUGCUAUGCUUCAUUCAUUCGAUGAAAUCCCUGAUUUCACCCCACAAGUUGCCGCCCUUUACAUCAACGUCGGCACACUCACCGCAUCUACUUUGCCGGCGAUGAAAUCCGCCGCAGAAAUCGCCGUGAAAAAUGGGAAGCCUUGGGUGUUUGACCCUGUUGCUGCUGGUUGUUCCAGUUUCCGGUUAAGGGCUUGUUUGGACUUGCUUUUGUUGAAGCCUACUGUUGUUAGGGGUAAUGGGUCUGAGAUUAUUGCUCUUUCUCGUGCUUCUUUUGGUGAUACUAAGGGUGCAGAUAGCGUGCAUGAAUCGAUGGAUGCUCUAGAAGCUGCAAAAUCACUGGCUCUAAAAACUGGUGCUGUUGUUGCCGUGACUGGAGCUGUGGAUAUUGUCACAGAUGGGAAACAAGUAAUUGGUGCACGCAACGGAGUGCAGAUGUUGCAAAAGAUAACAGCAACGGGGUGCUCUGUCACUGCACUAAUUUCUGCCUUUGUUGCUGUUGAUCCAACUCAUGCAUUUGAAGCUACAGUUGCAGCAUUAUCUGUAUUUGGCAUUGCUGGUGAGCUGGGUAUGCAGGAUGCAAAAGGUCCAGCUUCAUUGCGUGUUAACUUGAUUGAUUCAUUAUAUGGGCUUGAUCAAGAGAGCAUACUUCAGCAUGCUAAAAUAUCCUCAUUAUCUUGAUGCAGAAAGAGAUUUUAAUUGGUAAUAUUCUUUCAGAUUAGUUAUAUCCUUGCUUAGAAAGCCUAUUCUAUCAAAAUAAAGUUAAUCGAAACCAUAUCUAACUUUUGUUUUGAUCUCACAAAACCACCCAAGAUCAUUCUAUAGAAAACUGCAAAGUUAACCUACGCUUGAGGUGUUAUUCAGAUAACGAACCUUAAGUGAAAUUAUGAUAUGACGGGCUGUGGGAGCUGUGAACAUACAAUAAAAGUUUGACAUGAUUUUUUUUUUUUUGUUUCUUUUUGUUUUUUGUUUUUUCAUCUUUUCUUUUCUUUAGGAUCAAGAUGGUUUGGGAAUAGACCCUUCACUCUAGGGUGAUUAUUUUUUUUUUUUUUUUUUUAUUUUUUUUAUUGUAAAUUUUAUUAUUUCUCCUAUUCUCUUUACACAAUAAUAAUGUUGCAGAUAUGUACAGCACAUUUUUAUCUACAGUGAAAGUCAACUUAGUACGCAUGUUUUAUCUCA